AACAGUAAUAAUAGUAAAGAGAAGAGAUUGGAGGAGACACGCAGACGCAGGCAGUAGUAGCCCAUUGAGAUUGAGAUUGAGAUUGAGAUUUGAGAUUGAGCAAAAGCCAAAAAGAAACAAGAGAGAAGGGCAAAGCAAAAUCCUUUAUACGAAAUUCCUAUUCCUUAUUCCAUGCACAAUUAGUUGUUGUUUUGAUAUCUGUUCUUCUGCUCUCUUGUUAUUCAAUUUUGUUGUGAUUGGAUUUUUGCAAUUAUCUAAAAGAGAGAGGAAAAGGGUGGCUUAGAAAGACGGACAGACAGACACAAGGAAAGGAAAAGCUUUUUAUCUUUACUCGCGGCGGCCUCAAAGCCAGCAAGGAAGGAAGGAAGGAAUGAGCAGCCCAGCAGUACGUUUGAGGCUUUUCUUGCCUCUAACCCCCACCAUUACUCCCCGAUAUCCAUUACACUUACCCUCCUCCUCCAAGUUCCUCAAAUCCUUCUCCUCCUCCUCCUCCUCCUCUUCUCUCUCAUCUCACCAAACAUGUGCCUGGAACACAACCUCAUCUCACUCCAAACGCCGCAAGUGGCUUUGCGGACAAAUGAGAAGAGAUCAAGAUAUUGAUAAUCGAUCAACUGAAGACAAGAGUGGCAUGAACAUGUUUGGUUCCGAUGAAGAAAUAGGCACCCAAAUCCCAACUCAAGCUCAAUCUGUUGUUGAAGGAUCCGGAGCAGUUAUGGUUUCAGAGUUUAGACCUGCAGCUGAUGUGGAUUAUCUACAGGAGUUAUUAGCCAUUCAGCAACAAGGCCCCAGAUCAAUUGGCUUUUUUGGGACCCGGAAUAUGGGAUUCAUGCAUCAAGAACUUAUUGAGAUACUUAGUUAUGCGAUGGUUAUCACUAAAAAUCACAUUUAUACAUCAGGGGCAUCUGGUACUAAUGCAGCUGUUAUCAGGGGUGCUUUAAGAGCAGAGAAACCAGAACUGCUUACUGUAAUCUUGCCUCAAAGCUUAAAAAAGCAACCUCCAGAGAGCCAGGAAUUAUUGUCAAAAGUCAAGAAUGUGAUAGAGAAGCCUCACAAUGAUCAUCUACCGCUGCUAGAAGCCAGCAGGUUGUGCAAUAUGGACAUCAUUUCACAUGUACAGCAAGUAAUAUGCUUUGCGUUCCAUGACAGUAAAUUGUUAAUGGAAACAUGUCAAGAGGCAAAAAAUCUCCGCAAAAUUGUGACGCUGUUCUACCUGGAUUAAAACUAUUGUUUCCUCUGUCCAUACAUUUUUAGGGAGGGAGAGACGGGGUGGGAGAGGGAGCUUAUUUUUGGUUUGUAAAGAAUUAGAUGGAUCAGAUCGCAUGAUUUUGUAGUGAUAGUGAGGGAGGUGGCCAAUUUGCUUCUCUUUUCGUAAUUGGAAAGAGCAUAUAUUUACCAACCUUGGAGGUGAAUGUUGGUGCAUACUACACGUUAUGCAUAAUUUAUAUGCCCGGUAUCGUGCGACUGCGGCACAUUGAAUUCAAUGACAGCCCUAGAGAUUUGUCUCAAUGAUCAAUCGAAACUCGAUAUAAUUUUGCAAGUGGAUUAGGUGAACAAGAAAGCACAUUAUAGUAUUAUAUUGUCCCAA